CGAAGUUCCAACGUAGAAAUGCAAUCCUCUUACAAUCUACCUGGACAGAUAUGGAUUAGGUCUGCGUGUCCCUCCUGCAGCUCGACCGCAGGUCACAUUGUAAGGACUUGAAAGGAUAUGUGUGAUCCCGACCCGCUACUGCAAUAAUUCCGAGGAAUACAUUUGUUGAAGACGAGAAAAUGUGAAAAUACUAUCAAAUAAAUUGAACAAGCUGUCAAAAUGUUGCAGUCGCUCGCUAGUUGUCGCAGUAGGCAUCGUGGUGUACCAUAUCCGCAAAAAAUGCGUCUGAAGUUCGUUGGUCUCCCAAGUGCUGAAGUUGCCUCUAACCUCGGGCUCUGACGACGCAACAAACCAUCUCCUUCCAUUUCACACGCUCCGAGAAGCCCUUCCCGGCUGUCAUGUUUAUCCAGCACCGGUUGUGAGUUGUGUUGAGAGGUGUUUUUGCGUGAAGGUGAACUUUGUAGUGUCGGCAUGUUUGGGGAAUGUUAAGGACAUGGGAGUCAAACGCCUCAAUUCUUUGUAAAGAAGGCCAGCGACGAAGGAGAUACGAAAUAUACGUGUGCAGGACAGCUACUUAAGAUGUAUUUUUCCUGAAUCAAACCUCUAACCAGUCCAGAAGAUGAGGAGUCUCCUUCUCUAAGGCUUUGAAUCACCCUCCUUCUGGAUCUGGGCACGCUCGGGGGACAAUGCGAAAGAUCGCAGUCCAUGCUAGAGGCUUUCUGUUGGCGAUAUCUCACCACCCCCGGUGGCCCCCCCUGAGAAGCACCCCUUCCUUCCCAGCCCUGCCAUUCUCCAGUUGUGUGCUCUGGGCCCUCUUGGGGGUACUGGUGCUCCCCUCCAGCGUGCAAUGCCUCGUCUUCAAAGUGGGGGUCCUGGGGCCCUGGAGCUGCGACCCGCUGUUCUUGAAAGCUCUUCCCAGUGAGGCCGCUGCGCUGGCGGUGAGCCGGAUCAACAGUGACGUCACCCUGGACUUGGGGUGCAGGUUGGACUUCGUGGUCCUGGAGGAGGCGUGCGAGACCUCCAAGGCUCUGACGGGGUUUGUGGAGUACGAGAAACUCACCUCCGCCUUCGUGGGCCCUUUGAAUCCUGGAUACUGCGACGCGGCCACGCUGCUGGGCAAGAACUGGGACAAGGCCAUCUUCUCCUGGGCCUGCAUCAACUACGAGCUGGACAAGAUCCAGAGCUACCCCACCUUUGCCCGCACCCUGCCCUCGCCCACACGGGUGCUCUUCAAUGUGAUGCGGCACUUCAGCUGGGCCAACAUCGGCAUUGUCUCGUCCAACGAGGAUAUAUGGGUGGACACAGCCAGUAAAGUGGCCAACUCGCUCCGGAGCCUCGGGCUUCCUGUGGGCAUCGUAACGUCCGUGGGAGAAGGGACCCAGGGGAUCGAACAGGCGCUGCAGAAAAUUCAAGCAGCUGGAGAGUUAAAAAUUAUUAUCAUGUGCAUGCACUCCCUACUGAUCGGAGGACAGGAGCAGGCAGCUUUCCUGCUGAGAGCCAGCGAGAUGGGCCUCACCAGUGGCAGAUAUGUCUUCGUGCCCUAUGACACGCUCCUGUACAGCCUUCCAUACCAGAACAGCUCCUUCUUCCUACUGAGGAACGACAGCAAGCUACAGGAGGCCUAUGACUCUGUCCUCACCAUCACUGUGGAGUCCGACGAGAAGUCGUUCAAUGAAGCCUUCAACGAGGCCAGAGCUAUGGGUGAAAUAACAGCACCUCAAGACCCAAGUCGGGUUUCACCGUUAUUCGGAACCAUCUAUAACGGCAUUUAUCUCAUGGCCAAUGCCAUCCACAAUGCCAGGAGGUCUGGCCAGUGGAUUUCUGGAACUAACUUGGCCUCGUUCACCAAGAACAUGACAUUUAAAGGUUUCAACCAGAGGAUCCAGACAGACAGUCGAGGGGAGGGUUUGACGAACUAUGUCAUACUGGACACGGACGGGCAGGGGAGCCAGCUGUACCGCACCUACCUGGUGGACAUGACCUCUGACCUCGUGCGUUAUGCAGGCCGGCGCAUUCACUUCCCAGGAGGCUCCCCGCCCAGUGCGGACUCCAGCUGCUGGUUUAAACCCAACGCCAUCUGCACUGGAGGGGUGGAGCUGACCUUUGUGAUCCUGGUGUUCGUGUUCAUCUUCCUCCUGGCUGUGGGUGGUCUGGGCCUCGCCUUCCUCAUUAGGAGGAGGAUCCAGCAGAUCCAGCUUGUGAAGGGACCCAACAGGAUCCUCCUGUCUCUGGAGGAUCUCACCUUCAUCAACCCACAGCUGAGCAAGAGGAAACUCACGUUGGAUGACCUGAGUGAUUCCAAGAGCACGAUCGAGGGAAAGAGUGUGAAGUCCAUGGCACAGUCUCAGUCUGUCAACAGCAUCACAGCCGCGACACACGAGUCCUCGAAUGUCGCUGUUUAUGAGGGAGACUGGGUCUGGUUAAAAAAGUUUGAGGAUGGCACCUUCAAGGAACUCAGGCCAAGCUCGACCAAGAUUUUGACCAAGAUGAAGGACCUCCGCAACGAGAACGUCAACCCGUUCCUGGGCUUCUUUGUGGACUGCAGCAUGUUCGCCAUCGUGACGGAGCACUGCUCUCGGGGGAGCCUGCAGGACCUGCUGCGCAACGAUGACGUCAAGCUGGACUGGAUGUUCAAGUCCUCCCUCCUCCUGGACCUCAUCAAGGGCAUGAAGUACCUUCACCACCGCGAGUUUCCCCACGGGCGGCUGAAGUCUCGCAACUGCGUGGUGGACGGCCGCUUUGUCCUGAAAAUCACCGACUACGGCUACAACGAGCUGCUGGACUCCCAGAAAGCUCCCAGAGCACAGCCCCCUCCCGAAGAUCUGUUCUGGACAGCCCCUGAGCUGCUCAGGGACCUGGACAACUCUAGGAAGGGCACGUAUAAAGGGGACGUCUACAGCUUUGCCAUCAUCCUGCAGGAAGUGGUAGUUCGUGGCCCCCCUUACUGCAUGCUGGGGCUCCCCCCUGCAGAAAUCAUCCGGAAGGUGAAGAAGCCGCCACCGAUGUGCCGGCCCACAGUCGCCCCCGACCAGGCCCCCCUGGAGUGCAUCCAGCUGAUGAAGCAGUGCUGGAGCGAGCAGCCUGACCGGCGACCGGCCUUCGAGGACAUCUUCGACCAGUUCAAGACCAUUAACAAGGGCAAGAAGACCAACAUCAUCGACUCGAUGCUGCGCAUGCUGGAGCAGUACUCCAGCAACCUGGAGGACCUCAUCAGAGAGAGGACCGAGGAGCUGGAGGUGGAGAAGCAGAGAACAGAGAAGCUCCUCUCUGAAAUGCUGCCCCCCUCUGUUGCAGAGGCCCUGAAGACUGGGGCCACAGUGGAGCCAGAGUACUUUGACCAGGUGACCAUCUACUUCAGCGACAUCGUCGGCUUCACCACCAUCUCCGCCCUCAGUGAGCCCAUCGAGGUGGUCGACCUCCUCAACGACCUCUACACGCUUUUUGAUGCAGUGCUGUGCAACCAUGAUGUUUACAAAGUGGAAACUAUUGGGGAUGCAUACAUGGUGGCCUCAGGCCUGCCGAAGAGGAAUGGCAACAAGCACGCGGCAGAGAUUGCCAACAUGUCUCUCAACAUCCUCAGCUCUGUGGGCACCUUCAAGAUGCGGCACAUGCCUGAUGUGCCUGUGAAGAUCCGAAUAGGAAUACACUCCGGGUCAUGCGUGGCGGGCGUGGUGGGCCUGACCAUGCCCCGGUACUGUCUGUUCGGAGACACGGUCAACACCGCCUCCCGCAUGGAAUCCACCGGCCUGCCUUAUAGAAUUCAUGUUAAUCAAAGCACUGUGAAGAUCCUCCGGUCUCUGAAUGAGGGGUACCAGAUAGAAGUCAGAGGGAAAACAGAGCUAAAGGGAAAGGGCAUUGAAGAAACGUACUGGCUGGUGGGAAAAGCUGACUUUCUGAAACCUUUGCCAAAGCCUCCAGAAAUCAAACCAGGGGACAACUGGCAGGAAAUGGUGACUGACGAGAUCAAAACAAUCUUCCGAAAGGCCAACAGGAAGGUGGACAAACCCAAAAUCUGAGAGAAGGGGACCGACGUGGAGUGUGAAGUCCAGCCAGGGAGCUGCGUGAUGAAGGGACAGAGGCCAUUUGCUGCAGCUUACAGAGAGCACUUUAAUAGGAUUGAUCACAGCCUGUUUAAUCCCAUUCUGCCCAGCACAGCAGAAAAACACAGACCGGUAACAAAAUUAAAGGGCUUUGCAGAGUAGGAGAUAGGAGUAUGUAAUCAAGUCUGAUACAUUAUUCCCCUUUGAAAGGGAUUUUGAAACAUGCAGCUGCUCCCUUUCUUAAUUUUGGCCACCAAGUGGCUCUUAGUAAGAGUUAAGUUAAAACGUUCAAGAGUGAGAACACUUCAGCCACUUCAUUUUCAUCAUCAUUGUAAUGUCAAUUGUGUUUUUGAUUGUAUACUGGAGACGGAUGUCAAAAGAGCUGCUUGUGAAUCCUAUUGUGAAUAUCAUUUUUAAACUAAAAUAUACUGCAACUUUUUUGUUAAUGUUUUAAUUUAAUACUGUAACAGUGGCAGUUCAUGUAAAUGUUCAGUGUUGUUGGUAUUCUACAUCACAGAGGGGGAAUAUUGUCUUUACUGGUAGAAAAAUGUGCUCUCUCUUCCCUCUCAUCUCUGAGUUUCAGUGGAACAGAAACAGGCAGCGAGACUGAACUCUGGCACCUUACUAAUCUCAUGAGAUUUUCCCAGGUUGCCCAAGAAUGAAACCACCAGAACACCAGUCCCUCAAUGUUCCACAGCCCACUCUUCUUGGGAAUACAAUCUACAUCAUCCUAAAUACAACAUCCUCUUAUUGUCUUCACUGAACUGAUUCUUUAGUUAAGAACUCAGGUCAGCUGUUUAUAGAUCUUAAUCAGUUACUAAUUUUAAAAUAUCUAUAAAAAUCAUAGGACUUCAACUCUCAAGCACUGAAGUUGCCCCUCCGUUAAUUCAGCUGUGUAUUGCUAAUAUAAUAUUUUGUUUUUCUGUUAAAGUCAUCAGUGGAAGUCAUUCAGCAACUGUUGGAGAAAGUCGUCUCUCAGGGAAAUGUUUUUAUUUAUUUAUUCUUUAGAGGUAUGUGUUUAUUAUGAUACUUUAUUUGAGUAAAAGAUCCUUCUCAGGGAGAGAACAGAAAGGGACUGAGUGCAUUCUAGGGUCGACCUGGUAAAGAAUGAUUUCCAAAGAUCCAAAUAAAAAAGAGUGCAAAGUCAUAUUAAGUAUCUUUGCUUGCAGACGUGUUGAAAAGAAAACACGGGUAUCAAAAGGUUUAUUCCUACAGUGCUUUGGAAAACUGUGAGAAAGCAAGAGGAGCAAAAGUCAAAUGAGAAGUCAAAAUCUCAUCAGAAUUAAAAAUAUGAAUUAAAGAGGAGAUGUUUCCUGAAAAGACCACAGGCAGAAAAAAGAAAGACCUUUGGCAGAAAUAACAGACAAAUUGGAGAUGGAAUUAACCCCACAUGGAAAAAGGGGAUAUUUUUCUGUGACAUAGAAAAGACACAGGGAAACAGGAGGAUGUAAGAAGACACCUUAUUCUCAUAAAUCAGGAAUCAGAAAUGAUCCACAAGAGUUGCAGUGAACUGGCUUGUAACCCAGGACAUAAUAAGAGAUACUUGAAUAACUUAAAAACAUUUUUCCUUUAUGAAUCUUGAACAAGAUAACAUCUUAAUUGCUUUGCUUGAACACCCUUAAAAAUCUUUCAUGUUUUUCAGAGAAAGCUGGUCAAUGUUUGGCACGGCACAAGGAAUUUACUGGACUCCCAAAAACACGAACAGGAAGUAAUCAUUAUUCAUGUCGCUUUGUAAAUAUUUGUGAAAGAAAUAUAAUCUUGGACAAACAUCUGGGUAUCAGUGACCUAUCUUUUCAAUACAAAGCUCUGUAACUCUCAGUGGUAUGAUUAUCACUCUGGAUGAGUGUUCCAAGUGGGACAGUUCUUAUCACAACCUUUGACUUACAUGUGUCAGAUAUUUCUGCAAAAUCUGACAGUAAAAUAGAAAAAUUAUUAACUAACUAAAAAGUGUUAACAUUUUUUAAUAACUGAAGGCUGAUGAGUGUCUUUUUCUAUUUUCUCCAAAUUCAAAUAUAUUAAACAUUUAUCUCUCCUAGUGAGUGUAGGUAAUGAGAUGAAUUUCAUUUCACACUAGUCGUUUUUACAUAAUAUCUAAGUGGAAGUAAAAUGAACACCUUGUGUUGAUUUUUAUCACUGAAUUGGAAACCAGCUACAGAACACACAUCACUUUGAACUGUUCAACCUUAAGUAGAUCUGCAAAAUGUUUAAUACAGCCUGCAUAUUGUACUUUCAGCAAUUGUAGUCUGCAAUUAGUCUGCAAUAUUUUUAAAAAGAUAAAUAUAUUGCUGCAUGCACUGUUAACAUGUAAGCUGCAAUAUGUAAUCAAGUGAACAUAUUGCAGACUGAGAUACUGCAUUUGUUUAAUGCACUUUGAAAACUAAGUCUGUCCUAUUUUAGGGCAUAAUGGUAAAGAUCUUAUGAAUGUUUUUGUUAGAUAGCUCAAUACGAAGCACAAAAGUAUCCUAAGUAAUUAUAUUCAUAAUUCAUAUUUAAUAAUUCAUAUUUAAUAACAUAUUAAAAUAAUUCAUAUUUAUAAUGAUAGUGCAGCUAUGCGGAUGUACCAUGGGCUUUUAAACAUCCUUAGGUUUGUAAGACAAACAUGCAAACAAAUCCUAAACUACAUGUCAACAGUAAGAGUUAAACAACUCUUAUUUUCUGAACUAUACACAAUGUCAAACUUAACAAGAAUUAAACAGCCAUAUAUCAGUGAUGUAAACUAAUUUGAAGGUUUCAAAAAUGAUUUAGCAAUCUUCCAGGCUCACUCACUUGUGGUCCUGGGAAAUAAAAUCCAAAUAUAAAUCUGAAUUUGCAGUGGGGUAUUCUUAGGAAAAACUGGCUUAAAUUAUAUGCUGUUAAAAUUGUUAGAUUUUAUUGUACAAAAUGUAAUUAUACAAGACAUAUUGAUAACUAGAGGAUUAUUUUUAGAGUGUACUUUAUACUUUUGAAAGGUACAAUUAUAUUUUAUGGUGUAUUUUCUUAGAUCUUUGUGUAACACAAAAUUGAAAUGUAAAUAAA